AUGCUGCGAUUAUUCGCCGAAGCUGUUCAACUUCAAGCAGAGCUCAGCUCCUCAGUCCCAUCGCGGAUAGUUGAAAGACGAACUGCUGCAACCUGUUUCUUGGUUGGAAAUAUUUGUCUACUCUUUGCAUUCUUCUUCUUCAUCUACCCUGCGCUGGGAGUGGAGCUCUUUGGCAGGCUAGAAUGCACUGAUGAUAACAUUUGCCUGGGUUUACAUCGAUACGCCAACUUCAGACACUUUGGGUUGGCCCUGCUCACGCUCUAUGAAGUGUGCACCGGAGACAACUGGAGCGUGAUUAUGGCAGACACAUUAAGGGAAUGCCGUCCCGACGAUGAUGGCUGUUUGAGCUACUUGUCCUGGGUCUCUCCAAUCUUCUUCUCCAGUUUUGUGGUUACGGCCCAGUUUGUGCUGGUAAACCUGGUGGUGGCAGCGAUCAUGCAAGCUCUGGAUGACAGCCACGAGAACAAACCUAUUAACUUCUGUCUCCCCCUGGAGGAGGAAGAAAACGUGGAGCUUGAACAAGCCGUGCUGUCUUCAGGCCAGAGUGGCGGACCCAGAUCCAGCCAUGGCAACGCAGAGGGAUACUCAGAGUGCCUUUAGUGUCUUUAUUUGUCCAUUUGUUUGUACGCUUUUGAUGGCUGUUUUUAUUUUAAUACAAGAAGUUGAUUAGAGAUUUGCUUAUUUUGAUGUUUUGUGAUAUGUAAAUAAGAUAGCAAAUAUUUGUAUAUUAGAUUGAGGUUUUUAUCCUAAUAGAAUAUCCAGUAAUGUCCACUAG